AUGCCUUAUUAUGGAUUAUCUAAAAGACCAAUGGUCAAUGUGAAACUGCUGUUGAUGUUCAAGGAUGGCCGAUCUUUGGAUUGCAAAUCAUAUUUCUACACAGUAAGUGAAUGCACUGAUGAAACAAGUAGUGAUGUUUCAUACAGAAGCUUAGCGGAACAAUGGAAAUGUACGGAGGUUCUCCCAGUGGAUGUUUUGACUACAGCUGUUGGUGUAUUGAAACUUUCAUCCUGUCAGCACGAUAGAAAGAUUGUUUUGAGUGCUGUUAUAACUUAUGGCAUGGAAAACGAAACUUCACGGCGAAUACGCCAGUUACCUGUUCCUGAUAUAGAAAUUGAUGUAGAAGAUAUAGUCCGAAGCUCUUUGGCUCUUUUCCAAAAUAUUCCAACAGUCUCUGAAGAAGACCUUCUUAGUGUCUUGGUUUCUAGUCACUGCUUCCAAUUGUUAACAUCAGAGCCUGUUACUGAAAUUCUGAAAGAAAAAUUUGAGUUUUCAAGCCUCCUGGACUAUGGAAGAUACUAUAAUAGUGGUAAUGGAUUAAAAUAUUUUUCAGGAGUUUUUCUUGAAUCAUGGCAUGACACAGGACCUAAGUUUCACCUAAACUUAUAUACAAAAGACUCCUCACAAGCUCUGUCAGUUGUUCAUUGCUUAUAUUCUGUUUUACCUCAUGGAGCAUACAUCAUUCCCUUUGUGAAGGAAAGAUCACCUGAUUUGCAAAAGAUGUAUGGAGCAUUAGAAGAAGAAAUUAAUUUCACCGUAGAGCAAUUAUCUAACUGGGAAGAAAAGUAUGAUGUAGUGGAUGGACAUAUUCACAUUCCAAGAAAGGAAUAUUUUCAAUAUAAAUCUUCUGCCUUCAAAUUGGAAAUGAAAACUGAUGAGUUACAUGUUAAAUCUCAACAUCAUGGUGUUUUCAAUUUUAGCAAUGAGUAGAAAAGAACUACCCUGAAAGUUAAACUAGACAACAAUGCAAACUAAUCUGAUGGUGAAAAUAUGAAGUGUAAAUAUUUUUUAUUGUGUUAAAUUGAUUUUUGAAUGUUAGUAUGUGUCUGUUCAUUUGGUUUUUUAUAGGUAAUUAUUAAAAUACAUCAGUUUGUGUUGUUUACAUCAUUAAAAAAAUUAUUUGGGUUUAACUUCUUUUGUUUUGCAUUAAAAUAGUAUUUUCAAAUUAUAUACAUUGUUUUUGUUGAACUAUUCUUUUAAUAUAGA